AACCAUCCCAUAAUAUAAAUUAUCUUCCUAGGCUAGCAGCAACAUUUCUCCCCGGAGGCUCUUAGGGGUGAAACCCAUCCGCCCCUACCGCAGCUCCGAGCAUGGCGAACACGCUCCGAUUGUAUCUGACGUGCAUUCGGAACACCCUGGAGGCUGCAAUGUGCCUGCAGAAUUUCCCUUGUCAAGAAGUUGAAAGACAUAACAAGCCAGAGGUUGAACUAAAGACAAGCCCAGAACUUCUGUUAAAUCCGGUCUUGAUAUGUCGUAAUGAGGCUGAAAAGUGUUUGAUAGAGACAUCCAUCAAUUCUAUCCGUAUAAGCAUGAAGGUAAAGCAGGCAGAUGAGCUUGAGAACAUACUUGCCAAAAAAUUCCUUAGAUUUUUAUCAAUGAGGGCAGAGGCAUUCCAAGUUUUGAGAAGAAAGCCAGUGCAGGGUUAUGAUAUUAGUUUUCUUAUAACAAAUUAUCAUUGCGAGGAUAUGCACAAGCACAAACUAAUAGAUUUCAUUGUGCAAUUUAUGGAGGACAUUGACAAAGAAAUCAGUGAGUUGAAACUAUCAGUAAACACACGAGGACGUCUAGUAGCGACGGAGUUUCUGAAGCAGUUCAUUUGAACUAAUGUUGGGAACUACAGAUAUGUCAUGGGCUAGAAGGUCUUCUUUUAAAUAUGCCACUCGUUAAAUGGUACGGGUUCAUGUUCAGCAUUAAAUUUCUACUUGGCGAUGGCUUGGUUACUGAAGUUUGAGAAUGGAGAAAAUUUGGGAAAAAAAUUAUUAAUAGUGUAUGGCAUUUGGACAGGAUUUCUAUCUGAAAUGGCAUGUUGGUGGAGAACCAUAUAAAAUUGCGUUUAACAACCAUAGUUUUGUGCCAGAUAAUGCAAUUCUUUUAGAACGUCUUUUGUUGUAUCGAUCAAAUUUCAGAUUCCUGAAUGAAUUGCUUGUUUGCCUAUUUUCACCCUCC